AUGUCCUCGGAAUCGGUGCAGCCGCUGCGCAUAAACAAAUCAACACCAGCUUCAUCGCCCGUAAAGUCAAACGGCAGCAGCGCGCAACGGCCGUUAUCCGAGAUCACCUCGACCGAACGGAGAAGGAACUCUCCUAGCUACAGCCAGGCGACCAGGAACAUGGUCCUGAACCGAGACUCAUCCCCAUUCGACACUUCUCCUUUCAACAAGUCACCGCGACUGUUCUGGCAGGGUCGAGAUCCCAACUCGCCCAGCCGGUUCGAUUCUGAGAACUCUUUUGACCGUGAAUUUUCGCCUUCCCCGCACAGGCGGUCUUCCAUUGAGAACUUGAAGAAGGCGUCACGUGUCAAGAAUAGCGCAAUGUUUGCGCGAGAACAAAAGAACGAAUACGACCCGACUUCCGUCCAGGUGAUUGAAAGGCCGCUUGCCGCAGGACGGCCCCUCAGUACCCAAGUACAGGGCAGCGCAUUUGGGGGACGGGGCGUUGACGCACUCCGCAGCCCUGCAAAACCUUUCGGAGGCCACCGACGAGGGGAGAGCCAAAGCAAGAUGGCAUCUUUUAGCCCUAGCAAGACAGAGGCGAAGGCAAUAGAGCAAGCAUCAGCUACUAGCCCUUCGGCAAACCCGCUAGGAUCUCCCACUAAGUCUUCCCUCUCCACCAACGGCCGAUUCAAUCACUUCGAACCAGAAUCCGGCAUCUGGUCUGAAGAUGAUUCAGAGUUCAAGGCAUCGACACCACGCCCUCUACGUCGACAUGCGAAGAGUGUUACCUUCGAUGCUGCACCUCCCCAGAUCAACGAGUACGAGAUGGUCACCCCGGAUCCGUCCUCCGUUGCCUCUGGCUCACGCGAAGGCAGCUACGACUCUGAAUAUACAGACGAGGAUGAGAGCUUCGGGCGAGGGUCAUCAAUGGACAGAGAUGACAGCUUUGAUGCUUCUUUGGAGGACACAGACAAGACACCAGUUGUCCUACCGGAGGACUGGCGACACAUGAGCCCUGACAAUGCGAACACCUCUUUGGCUGAUACUUUCGAGGACCCGUUCGAUGGCCGAGAAAGCAGCCCAAUGCCUACGGCGACCCCAAAUCAGAAACGCCCUGAUAUGUAUCGGUCAAACUCUACCAACUCUGAUGGUUCCUCGCGUCCUCUACCACCGUUGCCAGGCAAUUCCGAUACACGUGGGCGUCGUGAGUCUAGCGCUGGGCUCUCCGCAGCUGCGGAACGAGUUAGCAGUGCUCAGCGAUCUUUACCCUCGCCGCCGCGCGCUGCGGCCACCUCCAAAGCUGAGAUUUUGGGAAUGCGCGACGCAUCUAUGUCCCUGGAAGAUCGUCUGAGAUUGAUGGGCCUCCAGGAUCUGCCUCAGCAUUCUGCAGAAGAAGAGCAUACCGCACCUCUACCGGCGACUGGGGUUGCUGACGUAACGGAUGAGCCGGAAGCUGAACAUUCUGUGGCCGAAGUUGACGACUCCAUGCUCCAAGAGAUCAAGAUCCCCCGCAUUUCGAGAGAAUCUAUCUUGCGGAAGGUAAAGAGCCGAAAUUUCGACGAUAUCGACUUUGACUUCCACUCGGCACGCUCAAGCCCAGAACCAGAGCCAGAACAGAGCUACGGCGAUCUCGAUCCAGAUGUACCGAUACCCUCUCGCGAAGCAUCGUCAAAUUUUGAUGAAGUCGUGCCAGAUAUACCAAUCAAGGAGGAAGGCGAAAGCGGUAACGAGAUCGACAUCUACUCAGUUCCAGAACUGUAUCAACCACAGCGCUCACCCGUCACAAGCCGGUACUCGCCCCAGUCAGAACCGGAGCGGCAGGCGCAGUCGAACAGCACCACUGAAGAUGAAGGUCCGCCUACCCCGAAAGCUGAGGACUUCUUAACGCCCAAGUCUGACGACACUCGCACCGAGAAGUUCGAUAAGUUCGACCAUAAGCACAUGAGCUUGCCUGAGUUUGGACUGUUUCUUAACAACGAUGAUUUCAAUCUUCAACUACAGCCAUACAUGAGCGCUCCAGAUACAGAGGCCGCCACAACCGCAUCGUUGGAGUCUGCGCCGAAGUUAGACGCCGUGCACAGCUUCUUAGAACAGCCUAUCACUCCUCUCGAAGACCUUCCCCUUCCGGUCGUACUCGGUCAAAGUUUCAACCCGGAGGACGAGCGAUGCGACACCCCUGACUCCGUCAUUCACCACUUAGUCGUCGAGUCGCCACAGCGCGAUUCACCCAGCAUACCGGAGGCUGUAGCAACCAUCAGAGCGCCAGGCGGGAAGCUGAAGACUCGUCCGUCGGCUACUCCAGCGGACAUGGCUGCAAUGGCAGCCUCUCGACGCCAAGUCAGCGGCGAGCAUCCUCCGCCUAUCCCUCAACGUAACGCUCGGCGACCUUCGAUGAGUGUAGAACCAGAAGCUGAGAGCCUCAGCUCGGAAGACGCCGGGCUCGAUAGUGAGCUGCAGGCAGAAUCGGAGCCGAAGCGACACGAAAGUUUCAUGAUGUUAGACAUUCCUAACACCGGUAUCGGUGAGGAUAUUGGCUUGGGUCUCGACAGAGAAUUCGAACGCGUGAUUGAGUCACAAAAGAAAGGCUAUCUGAUGCGCCAAAAUACCAAGGUCGUCGUAGCAAGCAGCCGUCAAUUCAGCAAUGAGAACCCACCAAUGUCACCUACUGGCGAGACAAUGGUGCCCGAUCUUCGCGGCACCCGAUCGGCCGGCAGCAGCCCUCGCAAGGCAAGUCAUGAGCGCACCAAGUCGUGGACUACUGAGCCCUGGAAUGGCAAGCCGCGCCGAAAGAGCGUUCGACAGAACUCGGUUUCGACGUCUCGCAAGUCAACUUCCGGCCCAGUACCACCUUUGCCUGGUCAGGAGAGCAACGUCAAUGGGCUUGGAACCGUCGCGGAGGACGGAAUGGUCACCACUCCGGAUGAAGAUGAAGGCGCCGAACGAGGGAGAUUGUUCGUCAAAGUGGUCGGUGUUAAGGAUCUUGACCUUCCCUUGCCGAAGACCGAGAGAACCUGGUUCCAGCUCACCCUUGACAACGGUCUCCACUGCGUAACUACAUCCUGGCUCGAGCUUGGCCGUAGUGCUCCCAUCGGACAAGAAUUCGAGCUUGUCGUCCUCAAUGAUCUGGAAUUCCAGCUCACCCUUCAAACCAAGCUUCAAGAACCUCCAAAGACGGUAGAACCAAUGCCAGCACCUCCUGCGAAGGUCGCAAGCCCCAAGAAACAGUCAGCCUUCAGCCGGCUGCUCUCAUCUCCUAAGAAGCGUAAGGAGACCGAGCGCAAGCAGCAAGAAGAGCUCGACCGGGCCGAGCAGCGGCGGCAGGAAGAACUGCGAGUGAAGCGCGCCAGCGUCCAGCCUACCGCCUGGGAUCUCCUGCAUGACCUUGUAGCUCCUGACGGUUCGUUCGCUCGGGCAUAUAUUUGCCUCAAGAAUCACGAGAACCAGGCAUUUGGCCGACCUUUCACGGUCGAUGUCCCCUGCUUCAACGAGUGGGCUGUCGAGGAUUCUAUCGUGAAUAGCGUAAAGAGCAAGCGUGGCGGUGUUGUCCGCAAGCCGCCGUACCGCGUUGGGAAGCUGACUCUGCAGCUGCUGUACGUGCCCAAGCCUAAGGGCGCGAAGGAUGAGGAUAUGCCAAAGAGUUUGAACGCAUGCGUGCGCGAGCUUCGUGAGGCGGAGGAGCAGAAGGCUCGAACAUGGGAAGGUCACUUGAGUCAGCAGGGAGGCGAUUGUCCGUACUGGCGCCGCCGCUUCUUCCGACUAACAGGUGGAAAGCUAACCGCCUUCCAUGAAAGCACCCGCCAACCACGCGCAACCAUCAACCUCGCCAAAGCCGUCAAGCUCAUCGACGACCGUUCCUCGCUGACGCAAUCCGCCUCGACCAAGAACGGGGGCCGCAGGAAGAGCGCCUUCGCCGAGGAAGAAGAAGGCUACAUGUUCGUCGAAGAAGGCUUCCGCAUCCGUUUCGCCAACGGCGAAUGCAUAGACUUCUACGCCGACAAUGCCGCUGACAAGGAAGGUUGGAUGAAGGUACUUUCCGAGACGGUGGGCAAGGAGGCCAGGAAAGCGAGCGGCGGAUGGACGGAUCUCGUUCUGGAGAAGGAAAAGAGGGAGAAGGCUCUGCUUGGAACGCAUAUGCAGAAGGAGGGUGCGGGUGGACGGCCCUCGAUGGGCAGAACUGGCAGCAGGACUGCGCCGACGAGCCCGAGCAAGCCGCCGAGGGAUGCGCCGCCGCCGCCACCUAUGGAGAAAAGCCCGAGGCAUUCGAGUCAGAGGCAGACGGGGAUGAGAAGGGAGCAGGUCAGGUCUAUGGUGUUCUGA